ACCGCGAGGUUGCUGCUGCCCUCUACUGGCUGCUCCUUUCCCGGAGAUCGGCUCAAACUACACAUGUGUCUGUGUGUAUGUGCUCCUGAAAGCAGGGCCAUAAGACACGGUGCUAGGUCCCCUGAAACUAUAGUUACAGGCAGCUGCGAGCGGAUAGGCUUUUGUUCCAAAAUUUGACAAGGUUCCUUGGCUUAGUGAGGCCAGCCUGGUUAACAAGCCCCUGGUACUCAGCAUCCCUGGAAGAUAUCACACCUCUGCCACUGUUCUGACUUUAUCCAAGAAGGACAUGGAUUUACCAAAUUUGUUUCAAGUUCCAGAUGUCAUAUCAAAGGCCAGAAAGAACGAGCAUGAAAAUCUGUCGCCCAGGAACAAGCAACAACUAUACUCUACAUGUCGAGAAAUGAAAACGGUACAGCCAAAAAAUUUCACAAUCCCAGACCAUGAUGAGCAACCACCCUCCCAGAAUUCUGUGAAUCACAGAGUGAUGAUCCUUCAUCAUCCCCAUGUCCAGCAGUUUACUCACUCCUGUAAUGACAUUCCAACAGAGAGCAUUAGCUACAGAUUGCCCAUUAUGGGUCCCAGGACUGCUAUCUUCCACAGUCUGCUGUCAGGUGCCUACAAAACUCCUCAGGAGACUCAACACUUCUCCUUUCCCAGAAAGAAACGACUGAGCAAGACAGUGAAGCAGUGAGGGGUCAGAGCUGAGUACCCCAAACUGUCAAGGAAGAGACCACCUCUCCAAGCUGUUCUGAUACUGAUGCAUUCCCAUAGUCUUCGUACUCCUGAAAGAUGAAUCACUUUUUCCUUCCCACGUGCUGCUAUUCUAGAUCUUGCCACUUUCUCCUAAAGACAAAUGGUUUAAUUUACAUAAAUAUAAACAUUUAUUGAUUAA